AAGUAGAGCUACCUACCUACCCAAUGAAAGGAAACAGAAACACAAACACAAACACAGCACAAACUUAAUUGUAACCACUCGUCUUUUCUCACCAACUCGGUCAAUCACUUUUGAGAAAAAGAAGCUCUCCGAGUCAAUUGCAUUUGCACCUCUCUCUCUCUUUCUCUCUCCACAACCUCCCAUUUAUAUUCUCUUCUUCUACCUUCCUUUGUCUCCUCUCUCUCUACACUUACCACACUCUCUCUCUCAUCUCUUCAGAACAACCAUGGCUAGAUCUCCCUGUUGUGAAAAACAACACACUAAUAAAGGCGCUUGGUCCAAGGAAGAAGAUGAACGGUUAAUAAAAUACAUCAAAACUCACGGUGAAGGUUGUUGGCGUUCUCUUCCCAAAGCCGCUGGCUUGGCUCGUUGCGGAAAAAGUUGCAGACUUAGAUGGAUAAAUUACCUCCGACCUGAUCUUAAAAGAGGAAACUUCACUCGCGAAGAAGAUGAACUUAUCAUUCGUCUCCACAACGAAGUUGGUAACAAAUGGUCUCAAAUUGCUCAACAAUUGAAGGGAAGAACCGAUAAUGAGAUAAAGAAUUACUGGAAUACACACAUCAAGCGGAAACUCUACGGCCGUGGAGUUGAUCCUUCAACACAUAAACCACUCAAACCCGCCUCCGCUUCCGCCUCUGCCGCCGCGGGUGGUAGUACUUCCUCAACAACCACUGCAUCUGCAAUUGCUCUUCCAACAAAUCUUAUCAACAAACCGGCAGUUAUUCCUGUGGUCCCCACAACCAGUGGCAGUAGCGUAAGCCACAAGAGCUUGAAUACUAAAAGCGUGUUUCCGGUACUCAGUUUCAAUGGCGGAUUGAAUAAAAAGUUAGUUGUAACUGAUUCUGGUUACGGCGGUCUGGAUAAAAAGUUAGUUGUAACUGAUUCUGGUUACGGCGGUGUUGAGGAUUCAGUUUCAAACAGUAGCAGUGGUGUAACCGUAGAGGAACCAUCUCUACCUUAUCCUCCUCAAAUAAACUUGGAACUUUCACUGGCUCCACCAUUUCAACAGCCACAAGCGUUGGCAGUGGCACCACAAGGUGUGUGUCUUUGUACACAAGCUAUAGGGUUACAUGGUAACGGUUCUUGUUGCUGCAUGAAUUCAAGGGCUAUGAUUGGUGUUUCUGCGGCGGCUCCACCUUCUGCAACCACGGGCACCGGCAACGAUUUUUUUAGAUUUUUCGGAGCCGGGUUUAUCAAGUUUUGAUUGGGGAAUUUGGAACCUUAGAAGUAAUUUAGACUUAAUCUUAUCUUUUUGUGUUAAUUAUUAUCAUA